UUGCUUUCGGACCAGUGGGACAAAGCUCUGAAAAUAAAUAAACUAUCCAGUUUACGUUGGUUUGGAUCGGACUGUUGUGUCUCUUAGUUGAGUAGCACAUUCGGGAAUGAAAAAGCCAGAUUUCAUUCACGUUGUAGGGUGAAUUUUAUUGAAGGAUGUGCUGUAUUAAAAGUGUUGAUUAGAUUGUCUAGGUAGUAUUACUGAUACCAAAUUAUAAAAGUAUCAUCUACAUAUCUUCUGUAGGCGUGCGACUGACUGAUCAAAGGAUCGAGGAUUCUGGCAGAACUCCUACAACCUUUUAAUAUGCCAGCUGUAUUAGACUAAAAGUAGGUGAUAAAUCCAUGAUGACUUGAUGUUCAACCUCUCUUCAGGAAUAUCCGGAUUACACAGACGAUUUUCUUCCUAUGCAAAUACUUGGAAGACAACAACUGGAAUACCGACUUUCAGGUUAAAAGAAGUUCUCCUUGGAUGCACUCUGAACGUCCAAUUCACGCUGAGUGAAGUUAUUUACAAAGAACAAGAUAGUGUAACUAUGGCAUCAACACUAAAUAUUUUCUUGGUAACUUUGGAAAAUGGUCCGCUGAAAUUGACUUUUGACAGCCUUUUUCCGUUCAGAAGGUAUGUUGAUGAUACUCUUUCAUCAUUUGUGAAAAUGAAUGUGACCUAAAUAAUAUCCUAGAAGUUGUUAAUAGCUGUCACCUAGCCAUCAAACUUACAAUUAAACGAUCUCCUUUC